UGUGUGUGUUAAUAGCACAGUUUAAAAAUGUAACGACCUGUGUCGAAACUGUUUGUGAUCAUUCGAUGCAAAGCGAAACAUUCGGAAUCGGAGCGGACAAAUAGUGGUUUGUUUCACAAUUGUAAAAUAGUCGAUCAACGAUUUGAUAGUCAAAAUUUACCAGGCCUGACUCGAAUAUAUCAUGAGAAUGGAAGGAAUCGUAUAUCGUUUGCAUCACGUUUAAGGAAACUAUAUUAUUCUCCAGACUCGAUGCUCACUCGAUCGUCACUUGCUGUUUCUCCGUUUGAACUUUUUUUCUCUUCCAUAUCUCGUUCAAUAUCCAACCGAUUUUUCAUACAUAAAUUCGUGCGUAUCUCUGCGGUAAGACAGAAUCAACAAGCAAAUUAACGAUGAUUCUCGACCAUUACAUCGCGAUAUUCGUUUUACCCUUCCUCCUUCUUCUAUACGUUGUUCGCAAAAAUCGGAAAGCCCGUCGUCUGCCGCCCGGUCCUUGGCAACUUCCGCUCCUUGGCUACCUUCCAUGGAUCGACGCGGAGAAACCUCACGAAACUCUGACGAGAUUGUCGCGAGUUUACGGCCCCGUGUGCGGUUUCCGUAUGGGCUCCGUGUACACCGUUUUGCUGUCGGAUCCGCAACUGAUACGCCAAUCGUUCGCAAAAGACUCCAUCACGAACCGAGCGCCUUUGUACCUUACCCACGGAAUUAUGAAAGGUUACGGUAUAAUUUGCGCGGAGGGGGAACAGUGGAAGGAUCAGAGGAAAUUUAUCAGCAACUGUCUGCGAAAUUUCGGCAUGGUGAAGCACGAAGGAGCGAAGCGUGACAAGAUGGAGGAACGAAUAUCGGAUGCGGUGAACGAAUGCGUAUCAGUAUUGAGAGAUCGCGGUGCGAACGGGCCGAUCGACCCGUUGGACACCCUCCACCACUGCUUGGGCAAUCUCGUGAACAGCAUCGUGUUCGGGAAAACGUACGAGGAGGAAGAUCGGAUUUGGAAAUGGCUGAGGCAUCUGCAGGAAGAGGGCGUGAAGCAAAUUGGCGUCGCUGGACCUCUCAACUUUCUACCCUUUCUCAGAUUUCUGCCGCAAUACGGCCGAGUGAUACGGUCGAUCGUCGAUGGGAAGGAUAAAACGCACGAGAUAUAUCGGCAAAUACUGGACGAGCACCGGGCGCGAGUCGACUCGGGGAAUGGAUGUAAGAUCGACAGCUUUUUAGCGGCAUUCGACGAGCAAAUGAGGAAGAAAGACGGCGCGGAAUCGGGAUAUUUCACCGAGCCCCAGCUCUAUCAUUUGCUCGCCGAUCUGUUCGGUGCUGGAACCGACACCACGUUGACCACCCUUCGUUGGUUUCUCUUAUUCAUGGCCGCCCAUCCCAUGGAACAGGAAAAGAUACAGUCGGAAAUGGAUCUGUGCUUGAGGGAAGGAGAGCAGCCUACUUUGAACGACAGAAUCGUCAUGCCCCGUCUCGAGGCAGCCAUAGCCGAGGUGCAGAGGAUUAGAAGCGUUACCCCCCUCGGUAUCCCUCACGGAACAUCAGAGGAUGUGGAAAUAGGUGGUUACGAUAUACCGUGCGGCGCCAUGAUCGUGCCCAUGCAAUGGGCUAUCCACACGGAUCCCGCUUACUGGCGCGACCCCCUCGAAUUUCGACCCGACAGAUUCCUGUCCGAGGAUGGAACGUUCUUCAAGCCUGAGUCGUUUCUUCCGUUCCAAAAUGGGAAACGCGUCUGCGUUGGAGAAGAAUUGGCGAGAAUGAUACUGUUCCUGUUCGCCGGGCGAAUUCUACGCGCGUUCUCUGUGCGUGUACCAGCGGGCGAGAUCGCCGAUCUCGAAGGCGAGUGCGGUAUCACGCUCGUCCCGAAGCCCCAUCGGUUGGCGUUCGUCGGGCGGGAUCGAUGAGAUUUUUUUUUUUUUAUUUUUUUUACUUUUUCUGUACGAACGAGAAAAAUUUCAUUUCGAGAAAAUAAAGUAUCUUUUGAAGAUUUA